AUGUUCUACCUUGUCCUUGCCCUUGCCUAUGUCAAUCUUUUGACCGUACGAGCCCAAUCCUCUCCGCCAUCGUCUGCUCCGUCUGCACAGUCGUCUGUUGGUUCUGCUGUCGGUUCUGCUGCGCCAACGAGUUCAGGAGCGGUAACUUCCGCCCUCCCACCCCCAGCCACUACCUUCUCGUUCUCGCUGCAGUCUACUAACCCCACGGCGGCCCCGCUUUCUGAAAUCGUGUCGGGUGCUCCCCUCUCAGCGACUCAACCACUGGCCUCCACAGCAUCUCCUGGUGCUACACCCUCGUCCAUUCCCAAUGCACCCCCUUUGCCAGAUCCUGCGACGCUGAACCCUGCCGCCUACCCUCCUCUUGAUCGGCCGCCUCCAGUUGAUAGUCCCGAAGUGCAGCAAUGGAAACAGGAGGUAGCGAAUUCGGGCAUAACCAUCCCCGGCUUUGAGCCAACCGUCGCGGGUGGUUGUCCUGCCAAUCCGGGGCCCGUGGCCGAUGCUUCACGGUGCUGGUGGACAUGCGGUGGUUGCACGAGGGAGUCAGAUGUGACUAACUGCCCGGAUCAAAUGACUUGGGGAUUGACGUAUGACGAUGGCCCCGCGAACUACACGUCCAACCUCCUCCAAUACUUGGAUCAGGCGAACCUCAAGUCCACUUUCUUCGUCGUCGGCAGUCGAGUCAUCUCGUUCCCCCGGACUCUCCAACUGCAGUACUUGACCGGCCAUCAGAUUGCUGUUCACACUUGGAGCCACCCGCCUCUGACAACACUGUCCAACGACGAAAUUAUCGCAGAGCUCGGCUGGUCAAGGAAGGCCAUCAAGGAUGUUUUGGGCGUGACUCCAAACAUGAUGCGGCCGCCGUUCGGAGACAUCGAUGAUCGCGUCCGCGCUAUCUCCGUCGCGAUGGGCCUGACCCCCGUGCUAUGGACCCGUAUCUCCCCGCUCGCUACCUUCGACACAGAUGACUUCAAUAUUGCAGGAGGAAUAGCUUCCGUACAACAAGUGCUCCAUAAUUGGGAGGACAUCGUGGGUAACGCAACUACCAUGAACUCCGGUUUCAUCGUUCUGGAGCAUGACCUCUUCCAACAAUCGGUCGAAGUUGCAACUGGCUACAUCUUGCCUGAUGCUUUGGCGCAUCAACCUGCCUUCAGAAUCGAGCCUGUCAUCUCUUGCUUGAACAAACCUCUCGGGGACGCAUACGUCGAGACAAACGAUAACGCAACAAAUCCCCCUAUUGGUGGUGGCGCAGGUCAUACUACUGCGGUUGUGACACUAGCCUCUGGUGCACCGGGCUCAGCUUCUGCCACGGGUGCAGCCUCUAAUACAAACUCUGGGGUCAGCUUUGCGCCUUCGCCAUUGGCAUUCGUAGCAGCCGCCGGACUCCUGUUGGUUGCGUUCGCCUGA